CCGACCAUUUAAGAGGAUGCAGCGUGAUGGCCGUCCCUUCUUAUCUGUUGCUCCCGCUGUUUGCAUUGGCCUGUGUCUAUCUCCUUGUCAACAACGGUCUAUUCUGCCGCAGUCAAACGCAGGCCAGGGGGCCUUCAUCCCUCUCCGCCGACUCUCCAGCCUUGCAACAAUUCCAUGCCUGGCUGGAAGCAUUCAACACUCUGGAUCGUGACACGCUAGCUGCAUAUCAUGCAGACCAUUUCCCCUACGACGUUGCCAGUGAUGACGUGGCCAACAUUGACAGAGAGGUAGGGCUUUCACGCCAUACUGGCGGCUUCCUCUUCGUUCAGGCUGAAACGCCGUGCGAGAGUGAAGAUGGAGACAGAAAUGGCAUGAUGCGAAUCCUUCUCCGCGAGAAGAAGCGUCCUCAAUAUGCCCGUGUGGCGAUACAAGUCAACUCCACUCAAGCGGACCAUCCCGUCACAAAGUUCGAAAUAGGCCCGACCACCACCCCUGUCAGAUACGCCCCAGAAGAAAGGAAAAAGGAGUACGAGAAGGCUCUGGCGCCGCUUACGCAGGAGAUGAAGCGCAAGAUAGUGGCCGAGCUCUGCGAAGUCGUUCGCGAACAGUAUGUCUUCCCCGAAACUGGAGAUAAGAUCAUCAGUCAGCUCCAGGCCAACGAGAUAGGCGGGGAUUACCGUGGCUACAUGGAUUCUGAAGACUGGGCGAAACGCUUGACCAAGGAUAUGGUGGCUGUUAGCAAUGACAAACAUAUCCGAGUCAUCUUCAGCACACCACCCCCAAACCUCGGUGCUGUGGAUGAGAGAGAUCCUCCAGGCCUCUUCGAGGCUCUCAAAGACAUCAAUUUCGGGUUCGGUGCCCCAUUAAUAGAGGCGGUCGGCGGCAAGAAGAUCGGUAUCAUCCGAAUUGACGGUUUCGUCCCGUUAAUGUCGAUGUCCCGGAAGCGCGCUGACGACCCAAAGAUCCACAAGGCCAUUGGAGACAUCAUAUCCCAUGUCGCCGAUACCGACGCUCUGUUGAUGGACCUCCGGAAAAAUGGCGGCGGUGUUCCCGAGACCGUCGCCUACAUUUUGUCGUAUUUCUUGGACGACGGGCCUGUUCAUCUGACCAAUUUUGUGGAUCGCGACGGAGUCGUCAGGGAAUCAUUCUCGACGCUCCCUGCGUCCGAGCUGCCAAGCGACACCGACCGCUUUGGGGGGUCAAAACCACUCUUCGUCCUCACCAGCGAGCACACCGCCUCGGGCGGGGAGGAAAUGGCGUACAAUCUGCAGGCCUUGCAACGUGCAACAGCCAUUGUGGGCACCCACAACACAACCGCUGGGGCCGCAAAUCCCGUCAUGAGGAUGAGCAGUAUUUGCGAUGAAGACUUUGGCCCGGGCUGGUGGCGUGUCGGGAUACCGGACAUGCAGCCCAUGAACGCGAUCACGAAGGGCAAUUGGGAAGGCGUGGGCGUGAAGAGUGAUGUUGUUGUCGAACGGGACCAGGAUCCAGUCGACGUAGCCACGAGGUUGGCACUGAAAGCCUUGGAGGCUGUUGUAGAGGUCACGGUUCAAGCGAACUAGAGGAGGCCUCCCAUUCUGUUA